CAGCGUGAAACACAUAAACGUUCAGGGGCAAUGGGCCGGCAAUGGCUGCGGAGAGAGGAGUUCAAGCCGUACCCAUAAAGAUGCUGAAACAACUUUGGAGAUAAGGAGAGUCGCAGAUUAUCGGCCAAUUAUAAAUGAGCGGAGUACUCGUUCGGAAGUUACCACACGACGACGGCCCCGGAAAAAGCGACGCAGCAUUGAAUCGAUCAAGCUCGAGGUCUCAAUAUGGCACGCCCACUGCUCUACCUGACCGCGGCUUUGCUGGCCGCAACUGGAUCCUGGGCAUCCUUGGCUUCCAAGCGGACGGCGCGUGCUGACUACACGGGGCAUCGGUUGGUGUCGGUGACGGCUGCCACGGCAGCUGACCUUAGCCUCUUAUCGUCCUUGGCCGAUACGCUGCAGCUCGACGUCUGGGAACAAUCCACCGCUGUCGGUAGACCGGCGCUCCUACGGCUCAGACCGGCAGUUGUCGACGAUUUCCUGGCCACCGCUUCCCGAGAAGGCCUCAAUGUGACGACGAAGUGCCUUAACCUGCAAGAAUCGAUCGAUAAUGAGCGCAGGGAGAUGCGCUUCGCUACAUAUUCGACGGAAGAGGAUCGUUUCAAGAGAUACCUGCGGUACUCAGAGUUCAAGGACGCCCUCCAGCAGUACGCAAAGGAGUACGACCACGUGUCUUACACGUCUAUUGGCCAAUCAUACGAAGGGAGGGACAUCAUUGGCGCUCACAUCAAGGCCAAGGACAAUCUGCCCAUCGUCUUCUUCGAAUGCGGUAUCCACGCCAGGGAAUGGAUAUCCCACGCUACCUGCCUCUACAUCAUUGAUCAGCUCGCUACACAGUACGAGACGGACGAGGAGGUCAAGCGCCUUGUGUCCAAGUACGAGUGGAGGAUCUACCCGGUGAUCAAUCCUGACGGCUACGAGUACACGCACACCGAUGACCGCCUGUGGAGGAAGACUCGGUCCGUGAGCCGCCUGAACAGCGAGUGCCUAGGGGCGGACGGGAACCGAAACUUUGACGUCGGCGACUUUUGCAAGGGACGCUACAGUGGCGACCCCUGCUCGGACGGGUACUGCGGAGACGGACCCUUCUCGGAGCCGGAGGUUCGCGCCGUACGGGACGCUGUGCUGUCAACCCAGGGCCGCACCGAGUUCUACUUCUCGAUGCACAGCUUCGGCCUUUACUGGAUGUUCCCGUACGCAUACACCAACGUCAGCGCGGCGAACUAUGAGCUGCUGCUCAAUAUCUCACUCACAGCUACGGAAGCCAUCAGUAAAUUGCGAAGAACUGAAUACGAGGUUGGAUCCAUCUCAAAAUUAGUCGCCCGUGUACCUGGAAGCAGCGUGGAUUGGGUCUACGACCACGGAGGCGUCAAAAAGGCCUUCGCUAUUGAGCUAGAGCCGUCAUGGCGGACGUUCGAUGACAGUAUGGCUUUCGCACUGCCUGCCAGGAAAAUCUUGCCUUCUGUCAAAGAGACCUGGGUUGGCAUUAAAGCAGCCGUCAACUUGUGACACCGUGUGUAAACGUACCUUGGUGUUGCUUUGUCUUUUUGUCUUGUUGAACAAGACAGGACACACAAUUUUUCAUAACGAGAAGACAUUCCGGGAUUUUCGGUUGGACUCAUGAUUUACAGAAAUGAGACUCCCGUAAUAAAAAAAUUAUCUGUGGUUUUGCGUGGUUAAAUAAUUGUCGGUGAGAGAAGGCGGCUAAAACAUUUAUCUCGAAACGGCUGAAAUAAUAAUA